AUGGCACACUCUCCACUUGUUGGUGUGUUUGUUCAUUUGCUGUUUGUAUUUAAGCAAAGUCUGGCUUCCUCUUCCAUCUUUGAGGACUUGGCUUCCUCUUCCAUCUUUGAGGACUUGGCUUCCUCUUCCGUCUUUGAGGACUUGGCUUCCUCCCCCAUCCUUGAGGACCUGAAUUCCACAUCCAUCCUUGAUGAUCUGGCUUCAUCUCCCAUCCUUAAGGACUUGGCUUCCUCCCCCAUCCUUGAGGACCUGGCUUCCUCACCCAUCCUUGAGGACCUGAAUUCCACAUCCAUCCUUGAUGAUCUGGCUUCAUCUCCCAUCCUUAAGGACUUGGCUUCCUCCCCCAUCCUUGAUGACCUGGCUUCCUCUCCCAUCCUUGAUGACCUGGCUUCCUCUCCCAUCCUUGGGGACCUGGCUUCCUCACCCAUCCUUGAGGACCUGGCUUCCUUACCCAUCCUUGAGGACCUGGCUUCCUUACCCAUCCUUGAUGACCUGGCUUCCUCUCCCAUCCUUGAUGACCUGGCUUCCUCUCCCAUCCUUGGGGACCUGGCUUCCUCCCCCAUCCUUGGGGACCUGGCUUCCUCCCCCAUCCUUGAGGACCUGGCUUCCUCCCCCAUCCUUGGGGACCUGGCUUCCUCUCCCAUCCUUGGGGACCUGGCUUCCUCCCCCAUCCUUAGGGACCUGGCUUCCUCCCCCAUCCUUGGGGACUGUUACCUAUCGGUCCGUAACAGGGACCUGACUUCCUCCCCCAUCCUUGGGGACCUGGCUUCCUCCCCCAUCCUUGGGGACCUGACUUCCUCCCCCUUCCUUGAGGACAUGACUUCCUCCCCCAUCCUUGAGGACCUGACUUCCUCCCCCAUCCUUGAGGACCUGACUUCCUCCCCCAUCCUUGAGGACCUGACUUCCUCCCCCAUCCUUGAGGACCUGACUUCCUCCCCCAUCCUUGAGGACCUGACUUCCUCCCCCAUCCUUGAGGACCUGACUUCCUCCCCCAUCCUUGAGGACCUGACUUCCUCCCCCAUCCUUGAGGACCUGACUUCCUCCCCCAUCCUUGAGGACCUGACUUCCUCCCCCAUCCUUGAGGACCUGACUUCCUCCCCCAUCCUUGAGGACCUGACUUCCUCCCCCAUCCUUGAGGACCUGACUUCCUCCCCCAUCCUUGAGGACCUGACUUCCUCCCCCAUCCUUGAGGACCUGACUUCCUCCCCCAUCCUUGAGGACCUGACUUCCUCCCCCAUCCUUGAGGACCUGACUUCCUCCCCCAUCCUUGAGGACCUGACUUCCUCCCCCAUCCUUGAGGACCUGACUUCCUCCCCCAUCCUUGAGGACCUGACUUCCUCCCCCAUCCUUGAGGACCUGACUUCCUCCCCCAUCCUUGAGGACCUGGCUUCCUCCCCCAUCCUUGAGGACCUGGCUUCCUUCCCCAUCCUUGAGGACCUGGCUUCCUCCCCCAUCCUUGAGGACCUGGCUUCCUCCCCCAUCCUUGAGGACCUGGCUUCCUCCCCCAUCCUUGAGGACCUGGCUUCCUCCCCCAUCCUUGAGGACCUGGCUUCCUCCCCCAUCCUUGAGGACCUGGCUUCCUACCCCACCUGUGAUCCAGUACACUAG